AUGACCAGCGGAGAGCGAGAUGCUUUGCCUUGGCAAACCAAGCUCAGCUAUAAUAUACUGAACACCAAAAGCUGGCUCCUUUACACCGCAUUGGGAAAGAUUGCCAAGGCCCAGGACAAAACCGUCGCUCAAUUACUCGACCUCCCGGACCAGUAUCAGAAUGUUGUAUUCGCCCCAGGGUUCGAAUAUCAUGGCCUAGAGGGUCUUGGAACAACCCUCAGCUUCUCCGCCUGGUUCAGUCUUACUUGUAUGGUCUCGUCGCCGGCACUCUAUGUGGGCGCUCAGCUCAUCUUUGUACAUGCCGGUUCUAUCUUUGCUGGCAUGGUCGAGGGCGCGGCUGCCGCAAGACAAAUGGGUAUCCUGCGUCUUGCUCGCCUGGGAAGGGCUCUUCGAGGUCCUGGAUUCGGUGCUGCGGGAGUCAGGGCUUUGCGGUGGGCUCGAUUUGGACGCUUCCUGGAAAUCGGUAGCUUCGCGCUAAUCCCCGUCGCUAUCGGCCUCGAAGCAUGGAUCGACGAAACAGACUAUACGCGUCUGGUAAACUCCAUCGAAGAUCUGGCACCAAUGCGCCUUGACGCCUGCGCACACAAACUCAUGAUGAAGUAUGUCUCGGACAAUAUCACGAGACUUGCAACCACCGCCAGUGUCUACGCAGAAGAAACCACUAUCGCGUCCAAUCUUGAUAUUCGUGCGAAACUAGGCGAUCUCACACAAAAGCUGAUCAAGGAGUUCAACGAAGUAGGCGAGAAAGCCAAAGCCGAGGUGGAACAGUCUGACAAGGAUCAACAAGCUUACACCGCCGACGAUCCUGACCUUUCGAAGCAUGUUUUAGAGCUCUACAAGAUGUCAGAGACUAUCAAAAUCACACAGCUUGACGUGUCGUCCGACUUCGCUGUGAAUGGGUUGCAAGCACAAACAAAUUUCAAGGACGGUCUGCGGUUUGGUGGACCUGGCGGCACUGCGUCAUCAAACACAAUGGCAACGGACGAAACCAUCACGAAAGCUACGUGGAAGACUGGGACUCUGGUCAGUGACGAGAAGAUGAAGGUCAUACACAGCCUAGUGAUCACCACCAACAAGAGAACUCUCGGGCCCUUUGGUAAGGGUGGAAGUAUGGUCACCACGGACGCUACGGACCAAACUUUUAGUUGUCCCGAUAGAUUUAUUGUCUGUGGUUUGAUGGAUCUGGCAAGCAAGGUCGUGGAUAAACAAGGAGACAUGGAUUUAGCCAACAAGACGUACAUAACUGAGCUACGAUUUGUUAUUGCUCCGAAGAAUUGA